AUGGUAUUUGCUGUGAAGAACAUCAAUGAAGACCUCCAGCUCAUACCUAAUGUCACUUUGGGCUUCAGAAUCUAUGAUAGGUGUGCUGGCUAUCAUGCCAAAAUGGAACUUUUUUCUAGCCAGAAAAGAUUUGUUCCCAAUUACAAAUGUGGCGUUUUUAACAAACUCAUAUCGAUUGUUGGGACUGUUGAUCCAGGAAUUGCUAGUGAUAUGGCAGAUAUAUUAGAGACUUACAAAAUUCCACAGCUUCUAGGCAUUGCAAGAGCAUUGCCCCAUAGCAUGACUUGGAUCACCAGGGAUGGGAAUGUAAAGAAGGGUGACUUCAUCAUAUUGAUGAUACCUCAUCCUACAGUGACAGAUGAUCUCAACCAGGGAUUUGAUUUCCCAACUGGCCCAUCACAAUAUGAAAGUCAUUUCUACUAUCCAAUGGUUCCAGGUGAAGAACUUUAUUACAGAGGGAUUAUUCAACUACUUUUGCACUUCAGAUGGACUUGGAUUGGGGUACUUUCAAAGGGACUUGGAGGAAGAAAAUUUGAGCACCUAAUCUUCUCAAUGUUUCCUCUCCAUGGCAUCUGCAUUGCCUUCUUGGAAAAAUUCAGACCAGUUUACAUCAACAAUUUUUUUGAUAAUCUGAAAUGGCUUGUUGAAACCUUUCACCUUCUUGUUAACAGCAAAGCCAAAGCUAUCAUAAUCAGUGAUAAUUAUCUUUUAAAUUUAAGAUGGUUGUUACGUCUACCUGAAAUGGAAAUAGUGUCUAUAAAGCCAAAAGGUAAGGUAUGGAUCAUGGCUUCCCAAAUGGGCCUUGCAUCAUUCUUUUAUCAGAAAAGCUGGGAUAUCCAAGACUUCCACGGUGCUCUGACCUUUGCAGCUUACUCAAGUGAAAUUACAGGAUUUCAACAUUUUCUCCAGACAAGAAAUCAUUUCUUUUCAAAAGAGGAUGGUUUUGUCAAAAAUGUAUGGGAGCAAGCAUUUGGCUGUGUGUUUCCAAAUCCAUCUGAGAAUGAGCAAAUGGAGGAUGUCUGUACAGGGAAGGAGAAAUUGGAGAGCCUUUCUGGGGCCUUUUUUGAAAUGAGGAUGACCAGUCACAGCUACAGUAUAUACAAUGCAGUGUAUGCUGUGGCACAUGCUUUACAUGCUAUGAUUUUUGGCCAAAAACAUAGGCAAAAACUAAAUGGCAGAAAAUUCAGUCUCCAGGACCUCCAGCCAUGGCAGCUUCAUUUCUUUUUGAAAAAAGUCUCAUUUAACAACAGUGUUGGAGAUAAAAUUUCCUUUGACAAAAAUAAAGAACUGAUUACACAACUGGAUAUGGACAACUGGGUCAUAUUCCCUAAUCAGUCUUUAUAUCGAGUGAAAGUUGGGAAGCUAGAUCCCUGGGCUGCUGAAAACCAAAUGUUCACCAUUCAUGAAGAAGUCAUCACCUGGCCCAGCACUUUCAACCAAAUACUACCUGCUUCCAUGUGUACUGAGAAUUGCCUCCCUGGUUAUUUCAAGAAAAAACAAGAAGCAAAACCAUUUUGCUGCUAUGAUUGUCUUCGAUGUCCCAAAGAGAAAAUGUCAAAUCUGGAAGACAUGGAUGACUGUUUGAAAUGCCCAGAAGAUCAAUAUCCAAAUAAGAGCCAAACUUCAUGUAUUCCUAAGAAAAUAACUUUCUUGUCCUAUGAAGAACCAAUAGGAAUAAUCUUGGUUGUUUUGGUACUUUUCUUUUCUCUCUGCACAAUUGUGGUGCUCACAACAUUUUUGAAGUAUCACCAUACUCCCAUCGUCAAGGCCAAUAACCAAAAUCUCACUUACCUUCUACUCAUCUCCCUCCUCCUCUGUUUCCUUUGUUCACUGCAGUUCCUUGUUGCACCAGAUUAUAUAAUAUGUCUUCUACGACAAAUUAGCUUUGGCAUCAUCUUUUCAGUGGCUGUGUCUUCUGUUCUGGCAAAAACCAUUACUGUAGUUCUGGCUUUCAUGGCCACCAAGCCUGGAUCAAGGAUGCGGAACUGGGUGGGAAGAGGACUGGCCACCUCCAUUGUUCUUUGUGGUUCCUUGAUUCAAGUAGGCAUUUGUAUGGUGUGGCUGUUCACAUUUCCCCCUUUUCCUGACACGGACACCCAUUCAGAAGUAGAGGAAAUAAUACUACAGUGCAGUGAAGGCUCAUCUACUAUGUUCUACUGUGUCCUGAGUUACAUGGGCUUUCUGGCAGUUGCCAGUUUCACAGUAGCGUUUUUCUCCAGGAAUCUCCCGAGCAGUUUCAACGAGGCCAAAUGUCUCACAUUCAGCAUGCUGAUUUUCUGCAGUGUAUGGCUCUCCUUUGUUCCAUCCUACCUGAGCACUAAAGGCAAAUAUAUGGUGGCUGUGGAGGUCUUCUCCAUUUUGGCCUCUAGUGCUGGAUUGCUGGCCUGCAUUUAUUUCCCCAAAUGCUAUAUAAUCAUUAUUAGGCCAGAGCUAAAUAACAGGGAACAGUUAAUAAAGAGAAAAUAUUAA